AUGGAUACUGAAGAAGAAAAUACCGAGAUGCAGUUCUCCAUUCGUCCGCCUUGGCCUGAACCAAUUCCUCGUGACUUAAAAGAAACUCGUUUGCAACAAUUUUUAGAACAAAUGCCCAUGCCAGUACUGGCUGAAGCUACGUGUGCAGUAUGCAAUGUCCGUAUUCCAGCAAAAGACUCAAAGAAAACACCAAUCUCAAAAAUUCCUAAUAUUCAUUUACUUAAAGUUUCUGAAGAACUCAAUGACUUCAUUAUAAACAUUCAAUCAACUUCACUACAAAAUUUAAAUAUGGAUAGAGAAAUCUUCGUCAACAACGAUAUGGAGAUAACUGAAAGUGCUAAAAAUCCUUCAACUUUUGAUUCAUCGCCGUUUUAUUGA